CAAAAAAUUUCCCCUUGCCUUCUUUCUCCUCCGCUCUUCGACGCGGAUGGCAUCUUCUUAGCCCGCCGCACCGCAGCCGCCCGACCCCCCAGCGAUUAAAAACGAGAGGGCUUUCUUUUUUCCUGCCCGGCGGAGAAAAAGCAGAGGCUUCCGCGGCGAAUUGCAUGAUCGAAUCGCGCGUCGGCGGAUGAUGGCGGAGGAACCGGCGAUGGAUUUCGACGGCGGCUUCGGCCCCGAGGACAACCUGUCCAUGCCCCUCGGCGACUUCAUGGCCUUCCUCGAGAGCGACCCCGCGCCGGCCGAGGAAGGGGAGGACCAGGAGCCCGAGGCCAAUGAAGGUUGCUUUGAGGUGCAAGGGGAUGCUACAGGUUCAGAAAUUGGAUUUGAAGGCCAUGGUGAUAUUUUCAACGAUGAGGGGCUAUGGUCAAACUACUCGCAAGUAAUCCCUCCGCAGUGCCAAAUGGAAGCAAUGAUGGAACAAGGAGAAGGAACUUCUGAUAAUUCCGAGGCUAUGCCUUAUGGUUUGCUUUGCAAUGAUUUAUCUGCAAACUGCAGGAACAACAAUCAUGACAGUCAACAUGUACCAAGAGGUGCAUUAGACCAUAUAGAUGCUGUUGAAGAAGCAAACAUGAUUCCACACGAAGUUCUUUCGAAAGGCUUAUAUCUUGGAGAGCAAAUGCACUUUGACCAAACACAGGUCAAAUUAGAGGAUCAGUACUUUGACCAAGCACAGGUCAAAGUAGAGAACCAUCUAGAGGGCAUGGGGCCACAAAUGAGUACAUAUUCAUCAUGUAAUCAGUUCCAAGAACAAUCUGGUUUGAGUGAAGUUAAAAGCGAGGGUACUGGUCCAAUAUUUGACAAUACUGGUCUGGAGGGGAAUCAUUUCACACCAACGACCAUGUUCUCUCUUGGCCAUAAUGCAGGUAUACCUGAGAUUUCUUACACUGAGAACAUUGGUGAUGCGACUGGAAGCAUGAAAAAUGGCAACAGCAGUUGUCUAACUGUACAGGGGGAACAAUCACUGCAUGAUUUCCCACAAAACAAUCAGUCCUACGAGAUGGAACAAUCUGCUGUCUAUCUGCAGGGUGGGUAUAUGGAAUGUCCUAAACCAGAGUAUGGUUCUCUUGAUAUGGCUGCUGAAAUAUCACUGCAUGAUUUCCCACAAAACAAUCAGACCUAUGAGAUGGAACAAUUCCCGCAGAACAUAUGUGAAAGCAGUUCGAUGCAGACGAGCUCUCCGGAUCCAUGUUGUGAUGAUACAUCUUUAUCAGAUAAUCUCUACAUGGAUGUGUCUGAUGUGUCUUCACCAGAGUCGUUAUCCUGCGAAAAGAACCAAUCUGAGUAUAUUGGUUUGAAGAGUGAGUCUAGCACCGACUCUUCUCCAGUACCCUCAAGCAGAAAUUCUACCACAGAGGAUGCUGAUAAAUACUUAGGACGCACACCAAAACAGUUUCUGAACUUGCCUAUCAGCCACCAGCACCCAUAUAAGAACAUGACAGGUCAAAUGCCUCCAUCUUUUCAUGAACACUAUGAUAUUCAUGGAAUCGGCAACUCGUUUAUUCAGGGGAAUUCGUCAAGAAAUUGCUUGGGUAUAAAUGGCAAUCGUGAUUUGGAUUUAUGUAAUCGUGGCAGCAAUCCUGCUACUGGUCAUCAAUUGCCACUCCAGGGAAAACUGAAUCAUAACUUUCAACAAACAUUUUCUGCAAAUCCUAUCCUUCCUCGGUUUGGGGGGUACAAGCCACAUGAUGAAAGAGUGACUCUACGACUGGCAUUACAGGAUAUUUCUCAGCCGAAGUCUGAGGCUAAUCCACCUGAUGGGGUUUUAGCAGUUCCUUUAUUGAGGCAUCAGAAAAUUGCUUUGUCGUGGAUGGUGCAAAAGGAGAAAAGUGGGUCACACUGCUCCGGUGGAAUUCUUGCAGAUGAUCAGGGCCUGGGUAAGACUGUAUCAACUAUAUCUCUGAUAUUGGCAGAAAGACCACCAGUACGGGGAUCAUCUGGCAUUAAGCAAGAGCCAUGCGAAGCUGUUACUCUUGACGAUGAUGAUGACGACCCUGAUGAACUUUGUUUAAAAAAGAGGACACAUGCAUGUAGCUCUGAAGUAACGAGCACUACAGUUAAGACAGAAAAUCAUAUUGUAGGCAUUAAGACAAGGCCAAAUGCUGGGACUCUGGUCGUUUGCCCAACAAGUGUUCUACGGCAGUGGGCGGAAGAACUGAGGAGCAAAGUUACCAGUAAAGCUAAUCUGUCCUUCCUAAUAUACCAUGGUAGCAACCGUACGAAGGAUCCUAAUGAGCUUACUAAAUAUGAUGUUGUGCUAACUACAUAUUCAAUAGUAAGCAUGGAGGUACCAAAACAGUCGAGUCCUGAUAGUGAUGAUGAAGAUAAGCCAGACAGGUAUGGUGCCCCUGUUUCAGGCAGCAAAAAGAGGAAGGCUUCCUCUUCUAAGAAAAACAAAAAGGCUAGCACAAAAGAGAAGAUCAGCUUGCCGGAGAGACCUCUUGCAAAAGUUGCAUGGUUCAGGGUUAUUCUUGAUGAAGCACAAAGUAUUAAAAAUUACCGAACUCAGGUUGCUAGGGCAUGCUGGGGUUUGCGAGCCAAAAGAAGGUGGUGUUUAUCAGGGACACCAAUACAGAAUGCUGUUGAUGAUCUCUAUAGCUAUUUCAGAUUUCUCAGAUAUGAACCAUAUUGUCAAUACAAGCAAUUUUGUACCAUGAUAAAAAUGCCAAUCAGCAGAAAUCCAAUUAAUGGUUACAAGAAGCUGCAAGUUGUUUUAAAGACAGUAAUGCUACGUCGGACUAAAGCUGGUGUUGGAAGCUGGAAUGUUCUUUAUGUUAUGCUAUUGCAUCUCAUAGUUAUGACCUACUGUAUUGUAGCGACAAUGCUGGAUGGAAAACCAAUCAUUUCGCUACCUCCGAAGACAAUUUCUCUCAAGACUGUGAACUUCACUGGUGAGGAGCGUGCAUUUUAUAACGCUCUAGAAGCUGAAUCACGAGAACAGUUCAAGGUCUAUGCAGCUGCUGGUACUGUUAAGCAAAACUACGUGAACAUCCUGCUGAUGCUUUUACGGCUCAGGCAGGCAUGCGACCACCCUUACCUAGUUAAAGGCCAUGAGUCUAGCUGGGCGUCUUCAUUGGAGAUAGCGAAGAAACUUCCGAUGGAAAGGCAACAAGAAUUGCUGGUUUGUUUGCAAACUUGUUCUGCAAUUUGCGCUCUCUGCAAUGAUGCACCAGAAGAUGCUGUCGUUACUAUAUGCGGUCAUGUUUUUUGCAACCAAUGCAUAUUGGAGCAACUUACUGGUGACGACAGCAUGUGUCCAGUCUCUAAUUGCAGAGUGCGACUAAAUUCAACUUCAUUAUUCUCCCGAGGCACCCUUGAAUCCUCCCUGUGCAGAAUUCCCUGUGAAUUCCAGUCUAAUGAUUCCAGUACAGACAUGGUACAUACUGAAAAUCAACCUGGGACUGAUUCAUCUUAUGCAUCUUCAAAAGUGAGAGCUGCCCUGGAUAUUAUUCUCUCGUUACCUAAAGUAGAUUCCUCCCAAAUUAAAGAAAGCAAAAAAUCAAUCGGGCUUACCUCUGGAAAUAUCAAUGGAAGUUCAGAACAUGCUGACACCAAGACCACAGAGAAGGCCAUUGUUUUCUCUCAGUGGACCAGAAUGCUGGAUUUGCUAGAGGUUCAUUUGAAAGCUUCUCAUGUGACGUACCGGAGGCUUGAUGGAACAAUGUCUGUUGCUGCUCGGGAAAGAGCUGUCAAUGACUUCAAGACAGUUCCAGAGGUUUCUGUUAUGAUAAUGUCCCUCAAAGCAGCGAGUCUUGGUCUGAAUAUGGUUGCUGCAUGCCACGUGCUUAUGCUUGAUCUUUGGUGGAAUCCUACCACAGAGGACCAAGCUGUUGAUAGAGCACACCGUAUUGGCCAAACACGACCUGUCACGGUAUCGAGGCUAACUGUACAAGAUACUGUUGAAGAUCGUAUUCUGGCGCUCCAGGAGAAAAAACGGGAGAUGGUUGCUUCUGCAUUUGGGGAAGAUAAAUCUGGUGGUGGUCAGACUAGGUUGACGGUGGAUGACUUGAAUUAUUUAUUCAUGGUUUAACAUCACCUCCUGAGAUCGAACACAAUUUUGCUCAUGGAAUGGUGUAACCAGUCAGUGAUAGAUAAAUGUUUGUCAGGAGAGGUAACAAAUAGAAUUCCUCUAGAGGUUACUAGUGUCUUCCGUUUGUACAGCUGCUGGGAUUUUGUAGUUGAAAGGUGGCAUUGUGAUUGUUAGAUCCUCCAAUUAUUCUCGCACCGCAAGUAGGAAUGGUAAAUUUUCAACUGCAUUAGUGUCUGUUUGACUGUCAUUGAGAUCAGCUAUGAUUGAGAUAACAAAGGAAAGUGUUUUUAGCUAACUUGAUAUUUGUACAUAGUUUUCAUCAGCAUUAACUUUUCUUUGGCUCGUAGAGCAUCUGCGCUGUGUGGUUGUAUAUGGAAACCCAUAUUAAAGUUUGGUGCUAGUUCAUGGAGAUUGUGAUGUUAUUGAAUGCUUGAUUUGGAGUGGUAUGAGAUCUGCUGUUGUAGAA